AUGGAUCCAAGGGAGACGAUUAAACUGGCAGAAACAGAGUCCACACUAUGGGCUGAGGCGCAGAUAGUGAAGGAACAGAGAGGGCCACAUGUAGAGGGUUCGGCAGUACCGUUAAUCCAAGGAAGAUGGUGCUUCACUGAUGGGUCCUGGAAAGAGGAUAGUGGUUUCUCUGGCCAGGGGUGGUUUAGUACUUUAGAAGGCUUUGAGGGUUUGAUGGGAGCAAGGAAUGUUAGGGCUAGUCUAUCUCCUCUACAUGCAGAGAUGGAAGCAUUACUUUGGGCAAUGGAGUGUAUGAGGAACUUACGACAAUUUCAGGUUAUAUUUGCAACGGAUUGUUCUCAAUUGGUGAAGAUGGUUUCGUAA